AUUGUUACAGCUCUUUGAUCCAUUAACAGUAAGCCUAUUCUCUAACUGAUGUGUAAUUUUUGCCAAGGUUUUUAUAUUAUAAUAACUACUACAAAGCAGACAUCUCUGCCAUUUAUUAAUUUAUAUCUCAAUAUAAACAACAAUUAUAUUUCACUUAAGAACUUAGAACUUGCGAGAGCGUGAAAAUCUAAGGCCCGUCCCGAGACUUAAGGCCGGCUGCACUUUUUUUCGUAAGGCAACUUAAGUGCUGCGCUGCUUAGUACAAUCAGUGCAGUCACGUGAAGGAACGACUCAAUGACGGGAGACAAGAAAGAUGACUGUAAUAGUAUAAUCGAAUUUUACACGGCGAGGCCCCUCUCUGAACACAGCGUGGGGCGUUUCCAAGUCACCGGGAAGCAUGCAACAGUUAAGUGAAUAAAUAUCUCUUUCAUAGCACCUGUCACGUAAACUGUAAGUCUCACAUAUUUUUCAAACAUUUCUUUAAACGUCUUCAAUGACUCACUGCGCCUAUUGCUUAGACUGUAUUGUCGCUAUAAUGCAGUAGGCGAUAUUCACGUGACACAAGAAAGAGGGAUUAUAUUUUAAACAGUGACUGGAAAAACGCAAAACUACGUGGCUCGUCCCCCGAGAAAGUGUAGGACAUUAACGUGAUGUGUGUAGAUGUCAUAAAAAUCCGUUUAUUUGCAAAUUUUACAAAGAUAUUUUGGAUAAUAUAAUUCUAUAUUAAGCAUAUAAAAUGUAUUAAAGAUGUUAAACACUGUUGUAAUCGUGCCGACAUAAAUGCUAAACGUGCAGUUCAUGUUCAAACAUGCAGUAUGAAAUAUAGUUUUAAUUGAAAGAUUUUUCUCAGUUAUUUCACCCUCUUUAUCUCUGAAUAUCACGCAACAAAAUGACCGAGACCCCUAUUUUACUUAGCUCAGAAUUUGGUAUUAUCCCGUUACUUAUUCACGCUAAGAACAAUGCUAUUCGAAACUCGCAUACAAUUAAAACUAUCUAUAUACUUUUCCUUUUUAUAACAUAUCAACCGUAUAAUACGUGGUGCUUAAAGCACUUAACGCGUGGUUUUACUAUAUUGUUUUCGAACUUGACACUUUUUUUCGAUAUGCGAAAAGGGACCAACCCACAACUAUGCAUUUAUAAAUUUGUUAGUUCGUGGAAAACAGGUGACCUGCUUCUUUCUGGCUAAAAUGCCGGCGCAAUCGCGUUCCUUGACUCAUAGCGGCGGCUCUGAGCAUUUUGGUGUCUUGUCCUGACCCGACGCAUUAAAAAUGAUGCAUGCAGUUGCUGGGUAUCACCGGCGUGUGUGUAUAUUAGCAGUUUUAAUAAUGUUGUGUCUCCUAGCAGAGCUGUCUCUUCUUGCUAUAUCACCGGCUCCUUCAGACGGAAAAAUAAUUGGCAGUUUUCAGUCUGCUUGGAGAGCGGAGCUCCAAGGGGAUUUAAAUCCGCUGGUCUCCCCUCGUACGACUAGCAGGUUAUCUGGAUAAGAGCACGGAAUCACAUAGGUUAUUAACAAUAAAAUUGGUUGGUGAUUACUUCAAGUUCAGUCAGGUGUAGUUGGCCUAUUGAAUUCUAAUGCGUUCAACUCUUGAUAUAUACAGAUAUGCUACAAGAUUUUUCCAAAACGGCGUUUUAACACAAUUCCACAAUUAUGAUUACGGUUGUGGAUAUCGUACACGCACACACACACACACACACACACACAUACACACACACACACACACACACACAAUUUUAAUUCUAAUUGCACGCGGACCUUAGUAUAAUACUAUGCCUGAUUUUUAUGUUACGCCAGUCUUAAAUAAAUGUGAUUUUUAUUAAAAAUUAUUUGGAUGUAUGAAGCCGUCUCUCUCCUUAUUUAUUGUGAAUUUGCAAGAACAGAUUCGUGCAUUACUCUGUUUGGAUAUUGCUCUGCGCGGUCAAAUAAGGGCCGAUGGGAAACUUCAACAAAACAGCACUUAAGACACCUUUUGUGAGGUAAGAAAAGUGAAAUCCCGCAGGCGACAGGUUUUCAAUGCGAAUUACUCACGCUUUCAUCAUAUUCAAUCAGCUGGUGUCUUUGCCGUAAAUAAAGCAGCCGUCCGUGAAUUGUCUUUAGUUAAAAAAUGCAAAAUUAAUUGUCAGUAAAUUAUACAAAAUAAUCUCAUUGGCAUUGUCCAUGUAGAUUUUUUUCUGGUAAAUUAGAGGUAAAUUUGUAUGACUUGUUUAAUAUCGCUUUCUCUGUUGUUGCAAUUUUAUUCCCGAGCAAAUGUGUUUAUUUUAGUUGUAGAAGUGGCUAAUUUAAUUAAAACGAACGCUUCAGGCGUAUUUUUCUAUUAUAGUCCUCAGCAACAUUUUUUAACUCGGAUAAGACAAUGAGGAGCUUGCUGAAUAACUGAGCACAUUCCUCGGUUAAUUAGCGAGCCAAGCGGGGCAACCUCGGCGCCCGGCGCACGUGUCUAAGAUAAAGACCCAGUAACGGGCCGCUAAUGGGAAACCAGUUUGCCGCUAAUGCGGUGGAGACUCGCUACUGAAACCAACGCGGAUGGUGCAAAUAGACACCAUUUCAGCGGCGACCGCUUGCCUCGAAAUGUUUAAAAAUUAGACACGGUCUCAUUGCAUAUUCGCCAGUGAAAGUGCGUCGGGCGAAAUUAGGACUAAUGCUGACACGGUGAGCGUUUAAUUCUGGUCUGCUUAAUACUCUUAUUCUGUUUUCUCAAAAAAUUAUAUUGCAAAUAAUUAUUAAUAGUUUUUAUGUGCUGAAAUUAUUUGAAUGUAGGCAUAUUACUAUUAUUUGCUAUGUAAAUUACAGGUUUAUUUUUUUUUAUCUGGUAUAAAAAGAACAGUUCAUUUUUAAGCAUUCAUAAAAACAAAUUUUAAAUGAUAGUCUGUUCAACAGAGGAACUUGUUAACAUCCAAUUAAAUUAUUGUCGACACGUUCAGCCAAUAGGCACAGAAAGCUGAAGAGGUAAUGCCAUGGAUACCGAAAAGCCCCUCCCCCGAAGUUCGCAGCACAUUGGGAGUGUGAAUAAGAUGAUCGUAUAUAAAGGCACCGAAACAUUUUUAUCACUUGCAGAGAGCAGCAGCCCUGGAAACCGGGAGGUGUGGCUGAGAGGAUCAGCCAUCGGCCGCAUCUAGGACGCUCACACACGGCGGAGAGAUACCCAGGCUAGCGGCAUCCUUCUCGUCUUCGUAGUUUUCUGGAAGUUUUCUAACUGCGGCAUCUGAUUUUUUUAAAAUAUAUUUUUUAAUUAAACUAUGCAGUUAGGAGAUCCAGUUUUACCCAGCUCCGCUAUCAAUUUACCAAAGCCGUUUUACAGUCUGUCAUCAGAAAGUAAUAAUAAUAACAAUAGCAGUAGUCCGGGAUCGGGCCCUUUAGAAUUUCAGGAGGUUUCUCGGACAGAAUCUCAUCCCGGGAACGGUCCCAAAAAAUACUUAAGCAGCGGGGUUAACGACAUGCUGAACGAAGGAGAAAGUGACACGUUCACUGGGACUAAAACCGCUCCGGACGGAAGAAAAAGCUCUGCGGUCAUCGGUGAAGAUGACCUGUCCAACGGGCGCCGUUACAAUAUAGAUGAACUUGGUUCUGACAGGUAUUUCCUCUCCUCCUCUCAGCCGGCCUCUGAUGUGGCGAAUCCGUGUUCUCUCUUCCCUUACGCUGCUCAGACUGGAACAGUUUAUCCAGGGUCAAAUGGAUCCCGGUACUCCACAUCGCUCCACUAUGGAUCUGUGUUGCCACCGACGAGCUUCUCUUCUGCCGUUUGCGCCUCGCGAAGCCAGUUCGGCGCCGGAUACCAGUUCGGGCAAGGUCCCGGUUGUCUUUAUCCCUCUUACCCGGGUACAAGUUCGGGAAUCGCAUCAGUGCCUAUUCCGGCGACUGGGACCGGAGCUCGAGCGCAAGUCUACCUCUGCAACCGGCCGUUGUGGCUCAAGUUCCACCGGCAUCAGACCGAGAUGAUCAUCACCAAGCAGGGCAGACGCAUGUUCCCAUUCUUGAGCUUCAACAUCACCGGACUGAACCCUUCUGCACAUUACAACGUGUUUGUGGAGAUCGUGCUGGCCGACCCGAACCACUGGCGCUUCCAGGGAGGCAAAUGGGUGACGUGCGGAAAGGCCGACAACAACAUGCAAGGUAAUAAAAUGUACGUCCACCCGGAAUCCCCAAACACCGGAGCGCACUGGAUGCGGCAAGAAAUCUCAUUCGGCAAACUGAAACUGACUAACAACAAAGGCGCAAAUAACAACAACACGCAGAUGAUCGUCCUCCAGUCUUUACAUAAAUAUCAGCCCAGACUGCACAUUGUCGAGGUCAGCGAGGACGGGGUGGAGGAUAUAAACAACGAGGCAAAAACCCAGACCUUCACCUUCCCGGAGAACCAGUUCAUCGCCGUCACAGCCUACCAGAACACUGAUAUCACACAGCUGAAAAUUGAUCAUAAUCCUUUUGCUAAAGGGUUCAGAGACAAUUAUGACUCGAUGUACACGGCUCCAGAGACUGAUAGGCUGACCCCAUCACCCACCGAUUCGCCGCGCUCCCACCAGAUCGUACCCAGUGCCCGGUACGCCAUGCAGCCCUUCUUCCAAGACCAGUUUGUCAAUAAUCUGCCCCAGAGCCGCUUCUAUAAUGGUGAGCGGGCUGUGCCACAGACCAACGGGCUCCUGUCACCACAGGCCGAGGACGGAGCAGCGGCCGCCACACAGCGCUGGUUCGUGGGCCCUGUCCAGCAGGGCGGCGCUGGUAAGCUGGACCUCCCGUACGAGGGGGACUAUUCAGCGGGAAGCCUGCUGCCGUACAGCAUCAAACCACUGCCUCUCCAGACCUCUCACGCCCUCGGCUAUUACCCGGAUCCCACGUUUGCCUCCAUGGCCGCUGGGUGGGGCUCCAGGGGCACUUACCAGCGCAAGGUGGCCACCAGCCUGCCCUGGUCCCCCCGGCCCAGUCCGCCCAGCUUCCCCGAAGACCCGCUCUCUGGCAAGGACAAGGCCCGGGAGGAGAGCAGCAGCAGUGGAAGUGGCACCUCCACGUGGCUGGACACCCCCCACUCCCUGAAAUCCCUGGACUCUGUGGACUCGGGCAUCUACUCCAUGGUGUGCAAGCGGAGGAGGAUGUCGCCCAGCAAUUCGAGCACAGAGAACUCGCCGACGAUCAAAUGCGAGGACCUGACCUCCGAUGAGUAUAACAAAGACAACCCCAAAGGUGUCGGUUACUAUGCCUUCUACACCAGCUCUUAAACGGUCCCUUUUACAAAUGUGCUCAUUCCCGUUGUGUUUCUGUUUCUAAAUGCCGCCUUUUAAAGAUGUACUCGACUAUUUUAUUUUUUUUGUAUUGUGCCAAAGCUUUACUGCUCGGAGCAAGUUGCGGAAAUUAACCCCCCCCCCCCCCCCGCCAGGUGUGAACAAAUGACUAAGGGUUUUGUUUUGCUUUUUAAUAUUUUUUUUUUCCUUAAAGCAUGCCACGAGUUUUUUUUGUUUGUUUGUUUGUUUUGUACAAACUGUCAUUUAUUUAUUAAAGAUUCUUUGCUGUACAGUACUUGUCAACUAUAGAAUGUGAAGUAUCUUGUACAAAAAUGUGUACAUGGAAGUGUUAUAAAUUAGUAAAAAUAAUAAAAAAAAAAAUC